GAGCAGUUUCUCUUGUGAGGAAGUGAAAGUCACACAGUCGGAGCCACAGAGAGGAGACAUGGCGCAGAAAGGAGUUGAGCUGGACAGAGAGAGCUUCUCUUGUUCCAUCUGUCUGGAUCUCCUGAAGGAUCCGGUGACUAUUCCCUGUGGACACAGCUACUGCAUGGAGUGUAUUCAAAGCUUCUGGGGUGAAGAGGAUGAGGAGAAAAUCCACAGCUGCCCUCAGUGCAGGCAGCCGUUCACAGCCAGGCCUGUCCUGGUGAAAAGCACCAUGUUAGCAGCUCUGAUGGAGGAGCUGAAGAGGAGCGGACUUCAAGCUGCUCCUGCUGAUCACUGCUAUGCUGGAGCUGAAGAUGUGGCCUGUGAUGUCUGCACUGGAAGAAAACUCAAAGCUUUCAAGUCCUGUGUGGUGUGUGUGGCCUCUUUCUGUGAGCAGCACCUUCAGUUUCAUUAUGAUUCAGCUGCUUUCAAGAAGCACAAGCUGGUGGAUCCCUCCAAGACGCUGCAGGACAACAUGUGCUCUCGUCACGAUGAGGUGAUGAAGAUGUUCUGCCGCACCGAUCAGCAGUGCAUCUGUUUCCUCUGCUCUGUGGACCAACACAAAGGCCACGACACAGUGUCAGCUGCAGCAGAGAGGACGGAGAGGCAGAGGGAGCUGGAGGAGAGUCGACACAUCAUCCAGCAGAGGAUCCAGGACGCAGAGAAAGACGUGAAGCUGCUGGAACAGGAGGUGAAGAACAUCCAUGUCUCUGCUGAUCAGACAGUGGAGGACUGUGAGAAGACCUUCAGCCAGCUGAUCCGUCUCCUCCAGGAAAGAAGCAGAGAUGUUGAGCAGCAGGUCAGAUCCCAGCAGCAAACAGAGGUGAGUCGAGUGCGAGAGCUUCAGGAGAAGCUGGAGCAGGAGAUCGCUGAGCUGAAGAGGACAGACGGCCAGCUGGAGCAGCUCUCACACACAGAGGAUCACACAGAGUUUCUGCUCAGUUUCCCAUCACUGUCAGCUCUCAGUGAGUCCACACACUCAUCCAGCUUCCACACUGCUCCUCUCAGAUACUUUGAGGAUGUGACAGCAGCUGUGUCAGAGGCCCGAGACAAACUCCAGGACAUCCUGAGUGAAACAUGGACAAACAUCUCACUGAGAGUGACUGAAGUGGAUGUUUUACUGUCACAACCAGAGCCAACGACCAGAGCUGCUUUCUUCAGAUACUCAUGUGAACUCACACUGGAUCCAAACACAGUAAACAACUGGCUGUUAUUAUCAGAGGGAAACAGAAAAGUCACAUUAAUGAAGAUUGAACAGUUUUAUUCUGAACAUCCAGACAGAUUCUCUAUAUGUUAUCAGGUUCUGAGUAGAGAGAGUCUGACUGGACGUUGUUACUGGGAGGUGGAGAUGAGAGGAGACAUUCGUGUAGCAGUCGCAUACAAGAAUAUCAGCAGAGAACUUUGGACUGAAAGCGGUUUUGGUAAUAAUGACAAAUCAUGGGCUUUGCGUUGUUCCAACAACAGCUAUAGUUUUUAUCACAACAAUGUUGUAACUCCAGUGUCAGGUCCUCCUUCCUCCAGAGUGGGAGUGUUCCUGGAUCACACAGCAGGUAUUCUGUCCUUCUACAGCAUCUUUGAGACCAUGACUCUCCUCCACAGAGUCCAGACCACAUUCACUCAGCCGCUCCUCGCUGGAGUCUGGUGUAAUAGUUGGUUUCUCUCUGGAUCAAGUGCAGAGUUGAUGAAGCUGAAAUAGACUGAGGUCACAUCAGGAGCAGUGAUUUGGUUCCAUCCUGUAAUUUGACUCAUUGAGUCUCCGUUAUGGUUGCUGAGAGCUCCUUGUUGUUUUCUUUCUCCGCUGCACACAGAUCAGCUGUCAAUCAAACAGCCUUCGUCAGCACUUGUUCAUCUUUUCUUUUUCCGAUGAUGUGUGUUUCUGCACCUUCUCCACUCUUAUUUUGUCUCUCACAGCUUUGUCACAGAAACAUGGACAGAGUUUGAUUUCUUUGUGUUCAGAAACGUCUCAUCAACUUUAGAUGUAACGAGUCAUUGAGUGUGAGGAAUAAUCUGUUAAUCUGGAAGCAGCAACAUGUACAAACGUGUGAGUAGGUGGGCUUUUCCACUCAGAUGGUGUUUGGCUUUAUUGCGUUAUUUGAAACAUCAUUUAUUUGUAUUUUGAUGCAGAUAGAGGCAGAGUGUUUGUUUUUCUUGUUUUAUUUGUAAGAUGUUUACAUGUGAUUCUUUCUUUAUUUGCAUCUUGUAUUUCAUAUCUGUGUUUUCCCUCCAGUGUAGUGUGUGUGAGCGGGUAUCAUCUGUUUUUGUUUGAUUGUGGUAACUGUUUGAAAAGAGCAAAAAUAAUUAUUCAUUUUUUAAGGGAAUCACUUGUAAAGAGAUGGACACCGAGUGUUUUCCAUUAGUUUCAUAACUAUGAUUUGUUCAUCUUUGGAAACAUUCUCAAUUCUCUCAGAUCAAUGAGGAAGAUCUGAUGAUCAAUAAUGAAAUGUAAUUUUCUUUACAGACUGAUCAAACACUGAAUAAAAGUGCUUUAAAGCGACACCAAGGAGCUUUCAGUUUUUGUUGAUUUUGGCGGCGCCAGUGGACAAAAGCGGUAGUGUUUUGCCUGAAGGAAUACUGCAGUUCCCAUGAGGACUAGCGCGUGGCGUGGUAAAAUGC